AUGACCAUUGCUCCGAUCAGCAGCCUCGCGACAGCAGCAGCGGCGAUGUCGCGGUGGGGGAGGCUGCCACCGAGUAAAAUAAAGGGUGAGAAGGAUGGAGAGAUGAGAGUUGUAGGAUUUGCAUUUGGAGACGGCCAUCAACUAUGCGGGGUAAAUUCCACGAAUAUACUGCUUCUGUCUUACUCCCACUGGUCGGGGGAUCGGAAGCACGGGUACGGUGUGAAGCAUUACAGCAAUGGCGAUUACUACGAGGGGCAGUGGGAGAGGAAUUUGCAGGACGGGCGCGGGAGGUAUGUGUGGAGCAACGGGAAUGAGUACAUCGGUGAGUGGAAAAACGGAAUCAUCCACGGGAGAGGCGUUUUGGUGGCAAACACGCAUGAGACUCAUGCGUGUUUGUUAAAAGACGCGAGACGGUGA